CCUACUCGUUCUCACUUCUAUAGUGAUAAUUUAAGAAGAUGGCUGACACAGAUUUGAACGUAGAUAGUUUAAUACAGCGACUUCUUGAAGUCCGAGGAUGCCGACCUGGCAAGUCUGUUCAGAUGACAGAAGCCGAAGUGAAGGGGCUUUGCUUGAAGUCCAGGGAGAUAUUUCUUCAACAGCCUAUUCUGCUGGAACUUGAAGCACCCCUGAAGAUUUGCGGGGACAUCCACGGUCAGUACACAGACCUGCUGCGCCUGUUUGAGUACGGGGGCUUUCCCCCGGAGGCCAACUACCUGUUCCUGGGCGACUACGUGGACCGAGGCAAGCAGUCCCUGGAGACCAUCUGUCUGCUGCUGGCGUACAAGAUCAAGUACCCGGAGAACUUCUUCCUGCUGCGUGGCAACCACGAGUGUGCCAGCAUCAACAGGAUAUACGGCUUCUACGACGAAUGCAAGCGCAGGUACAACAUCAAGCUGUGGAAGACGUUCACGGACUGCUUCAACUGCCUGCCCAUCGCUGCCAUCAUAGACGAGAAGAUCUUCUGCUGCCACGGAGGGCUGAGUCCCGACCUGCAGGGCAUGGAGCAGAUCCGCCGCAUCAUGCGCCCCACCGACGUGCCAGACACAGGCCUGCUGUGCGACCUGCUGUGGUCCGACCCCGACAAGGACGUCCAAGGCUGGGGAGAAAAUGACCGCGGCGUGUCCUUCACCUUCGGAGCGGACGUGGUCAGCAAGUUCCUCAACAGACACGACCUGGAUCUCAUCUGCCGGGCGCACCAGGUUGUAGAGGAUGGCUAUGAGUUUUUUGCCAAACGCCAGUUGGUAACUCUGUUCUCGGCACCAAACUACUGUGGAGAGUUCGACAAUGCAGGUGGAAUGAUGUCAGUUGAUGAAACUCUCAUGUGUUCGUUUCAGAUCCUGAAGCCCUCGGAGAAGAAGGCCAAAUACCAGUACACAGGCAUGAACUCCGGGCGCCCCUCCACACCUCAGAGAAAUCCUACCAAAAAGAAAUAAUGGUUUCGUUGCAGGAGCAAGCCGUGAGAGAGCGGUGUGUGAAGGGUACAUCGCUGCAACCAACUCGUGUAAGCUGUGGUGAUUACUACCCUGUUUUUUGGUAUAAACAAUUACAAAACUUUUCACCACUGCACUACCAGCGACUGUAAUGUUGAAAACUAUUCACUUUUUAUAUAUAAAUGUAUUUAUUUUUUGCCAUAUAGUAUUGAUCUUGCUAUUGAAGUAAUGAUAUGCUUUUAGUAUAACCACCAUUUUGGGUGCUUGCAUUUGAUUGGAAUAAAAAUUUUGCAAUGUCAUUGUUUUAUUACUAAAUUUUGAAGUUGUCAUGAGAUAUUUGGUUUAAAAAAAUAUUUGAGUUCUUCAGUAGUAGUGUUCAGUUGUUUGUUGAAAAUAAUUUGUAACAAAGGAAUGUGUACCGCCUGCCAGUGCCGACAGAACUACGUGUCUGUCCUGCUACAGGCGCCUUCAGGUCAUCAGCCUGUCAUCAAAUGGAGUUGAUCCAAAAUCCUUCAAUGAGUUUGGCUAUCAUGACUAAAAGAAGUAACCAGAUUGUUCUUGACUCAACAACUCUAGUAGUUGCUGUUUUGUUUUCAGUGAUAGUGCAAGUGGUGUGUUUGGCUAAUGUUAGGUUGUGUUCGGGUUGUUAAUGCUAUGGUUGCUUCCGGUCUUAGCUUACACUGGAAUCACUUUGUGUACACUGCUAGGAUUUUUUUUAAACACCUAAUUUUGCUUUAUGUAUGUGUACUUUAAUAGUUUUAUUGAUCAUUUUAAAAUGUAUAACCAGAUAGGAAUAAGACUUGUUCUGAAAUGCAUAUACAGCUCAUCUUUACUUAUGAAUAAAAAAAAUUAUAUAA